AUGUUGCCUUUAUUUGGUUUCUUCUGUCAUUGUGCACGCAAAUCUUAUUCAGUGGCACCUGUUAGUAACUGGGAUGGUCCUGUAACGGUCGAUGAAAUGAGAACAGCCAACAGUGAAAGAGAUUAUUCAACGACUGAUCUCCAAUCAAUCGCAAAUCAAAUAGCUAACGAUUUCCAUCUCGAACCAAAUAAUGUUAUUAAUUAUUUCGCACGUUCCAAGUGGGCUUCGCUUUCCAAAAAUCUCUUUUUCAGAGUAGAUUUUAACCAAGUUGAAAAGUAUCAAAGAGCCGUCUAUCUUGGUGGCACAGUUGUCAAAAUUACUAAGUCGAACGGUGUAUACACUGUCAAUUGUCGCCAAGCAAAUGUCCGGGGAAUUGCUCAACCCGAUUUUUAUAGAUCAUUUGGAAUGCGGAGAAAUUCAGCUGUUCCGAAUAUUAGAAUUGCUGUCAGGCCCACCGAUCGUAUAUCAGGUGAAGACAUCACAAGAAUAUACAACACUUUAUACAGCAAAAUUGAAGGCCAGCUAAACGCAUACAAAGCAAUUUAA